AAAUAUGAGUGAAGUUGGUUUGAAAAGUUGAUGUUGUGUAGACGUGUGUUCAAGCGAGGUACCUGACUAAACAUGGUGCAAUUAAGGGAAGAACUGUUUGGAUCGAAAGCCAAAAAGUUCACUUGGAAGACAGACUCAGGAUUCUCGGUGUCUGUCAUAUCCUACGGAGCCACCAUCACUUCUAUCCAGGUCCCAGACAAGAGCGGUAUCACAUCGGAUGUGGUGCUCGGGUUCGAUGACCUCGAUAGUUACGUGAAACGGAACGUGCCGUAUCUUGGCGCCACUGUCGGUCGCUGCGCCAACCGCAUCGGUCGCGGCCAGUACCAGAUAGAUGGCGGUAGUUAUCAAGUCGCGAAGAAUAUUGGGGAGAAUCAUCUACAUGGCGGUAUUGUGGGCUUUGAUAAGGUAUACUGGCAAUCAUCAGUAGACGGCACAGCGGUAACCUUCAGCUAUCUAUCCAAAGACGGUGAGGAAGGUUAUCCUGGCGACCUGGUCACCAACGUCACGUAUGACGUCACAGAAGACAGCACCCUCCACGUCGUUUUUUCUGCUACUACCACGAAGAAGACUGUUGUGAAUCUGACCAACCAUUCUUACUUUAACUUGGCUGGACAUGACGGAGGUGCAGAUGAGUUGUAUAAGCAUGAGGUGGCCAUUAAUGCUGAUAGAAUAACGGAUACGGACUCCAACUCGAUUCCUACGGGUAAAUUCGUGAAGGUUGGGGGAACCCCCUACGACUUGCGGACAGCCCGUCGUCUCGGUGACGUCAUCAAUAAGGGGACUAACCUUUAUGAUGACAACUUCUGCGUGGCUACUUAUGGCAAUAAGGGUGUAAACUUCGUGUCCCGCGUGACCCACCCACCUUCAGGGCGCUACCUCGAGGUCUACAGCGACCAGCCAGGAGUGCAGUUCUACACUGCCAAUUUCCUACCCUCACCCAACGAACCAGCGUUGGUAGGAAAACAAGGCGUAGGCUACAGGAAACACGGAGCGUUCUGCCUUGAAACCCAGAAUUUCCCUGAUGCUGUGAACCAUGCUAAUUUCCCAACAGCUGUGUUGAAGCCUGGACAGGUUUAUAUUCAUAAGGUGAAGUAUUGUUUUGGCGUGGAGGCCGAACCACAGCCUGUUGUAGUGGGUAACUGAAAUAUGACCGA